UAUAAAUACGCCAUCAAUGGUCAACUGAGAUAUCGUCAAAGUUUAAUCGUUGUGGUGUAAACAUCGCGACAAAUCAACAAAAAUGAAAUUCUUCGUUGCCGUCUCCUUCGCCUUAUUGGCUUGCGCUGCUGCAGACGUCUCCCAUCUCGGCGGUGGUUAUAAUUAUCCCGCACCAGUACAUGAAGAAAUUCGAUCGGAACCCAUUGUGCCACAAAAUACCUACUUACCACCUCCACCACCACCACCACCGCCAUCCCAGGGCUACAACUACCCAGCUCCAGUGCAUGAGGCAAUGAAAUCGGAACCAAUUGUUCCACAGAACACCUACAUUCCACCUCCUCCACCACCACCACCACCACCACCACCACAAAAUACCUACCUCCCACCAGCUCCAAUCCAUGAAGCAAUCCAAUCCCAGCCUAUUGCACCACCACAAAACACCUACAUCCCACCAGCUCCAAUCCAUGAAGCGGUUCAAUCUCAGCCGAUUGCCCCACCACAGAACACAUAUCUUCCUCCAUCGGGCUACCGCUACAAGACCGUUCGUCGCGUUGUCUACAGACGCCGUUUCUAAUUGAAC